AUGCGAAUUAGGCAUCCACGUUCGAUGCCGUCGGGAAAAUCUGUGGACUCAUCAGCUGUCAUGGUGGAUUCACAAAGCACACAAAAAACAACUGCGACUAAUUCCGCAAUGAGUGCAUCAUCGUUUGUCGGGUCCAGAAAUGCCUUAUCACCGCACAUGACCGAAAUGAAUCCCCAAGCGAGACAUUUAUCCCCUCAAUUGUCCAAAUCAGAUGGUUAUGUCUCUCCCGGACCUACGCACAGCGAUCCCAAUGAAGAAGGCAAUACAACCUACCUGAAACCGGAUUUUUACGAUCCUCUUAUAUUGACCAAAUGUGAUCCCGUCUGUCCAAGUCCACUGGCUAUGCUUGCGAAAACAUGCCAGAACAUUGGGCAGAUGAUGGAGGCCAGCGUGCACACAAACCAUUCCACACAAGCAUCGAGCAAUCUACGCCAUGUGACAUCCAGCGUUUCAACGGCAAUCGGUACAUCAUCCGGAAUCACACUACCUACCGCUGUGACAACCACUGCGACCGGAAUGAUUAGUGGAACCACGCAACGUCUCAGCCCCGUCAGUCAAUCGAUUCGAACCACCAAGCAAUCUAAAGGCUCAAGUCCAUCAGCAGAAAAUAAGAAUCUGCUUGGUGCAAAACGUUCAACUAUGUCUCGGUUCAAAUGGAUGCGACCGGAUUCGAACACAUCGUCCAUUACAUCGCAUCGCUCUGACACAGUGACCUCGUCAACAUCACAUGGAGAUUUCCUUUCAAAUAACGGGGCAGAUGGAUUAAAAAAUGGGCAGAAAUUGUCUUGCUCCAUUCCCAACACUUAUUCCCCAAACUCGUUCCCUGUGAAUGGCUGCCUUACCGGUAACACAUCAGUCCCCAUUGGUUCAAAUCCAUUUCAUGAGGUAACGGCAGCCAGCACCCAACAACCCACAUCUAACGCUCUCGCACAGUUGGCUCGUCUGUCUUCAAGCCUCUCGCUACCUGAUCCCCCCAGAUCUGUGAAUGGUGUGGUAGAUGGACUGUCAAAGGAUCGUCUGAACUGGACUGAUCCACUGAGAGUUCAAACUGGAACCAAACGCGUUCGCCGAAACAGCGGGGCGGGCCUGAAAGGAUUCCCGUUGGUGAACAACUCCUUCGGAGGGGGAUCGAAGAAAUCUGCACGUGAUUCUUACGCGCAUUCCCAUCCACCUGGAGAUAAUAGUUUUAAUGUAAUUGGGUUAUCAAACGUCCAGUUUAAACUAAGAGGCUCAAAUUCAACAUCCCUCAACUCGUCAGUUAGACACAGUCCUCAGCUGGAUCAGUCUUCAUCUCCUAAUCAUUCACAGACAAAUGCUAAUCCCUGGUACGCUCUCGCUGAAUUCUUGCAUCAAAUGAUGGAACAGAAAACGGAGCAAACGACUCGAGUGUCUGCACAAGAAUCGUUCUCCUAUAAUCUGGCUCGCAGCUUUCUUGACUUUUUCUACAGCCGAAUGAUGAUGCUGGCCAAUGGUACAACUGGAGAAGCUUCAAAUGACGGCCAUCAGGCUCACUCAAACCUCACCGUGAAAGAUUCGGGUUCCACGGUGUCUCCGUCUUACUUCCCCAGAGAGAUGAUGUUACCUAAUCACAGUCCUGCGACGAACCGUAAUCCAGUCCCCGGUAUGCCCUUGGGCUCUCCAUCUUCAGCUGCAUUUACCGAAACUGUGCCUACUGCCACACAAGCAGUCCCAACAGAACGGUGUAUAUUUUGUGGACAACCAUGUGCCUCACAAGCUGAAUGGUGUUUGCACAUGUACACGCACUUUUCCCAAAUGGAAAAAGAUCAGAAUCCACACCAUCCUGUUCACCAACCUUCUACUUUACCACCCAAAUCUCAACAACAAACCAUACCCCUGUCACAUGACUCAACCGAUCGAUCGCAAGAUUGUGCUCCUUCCAAAUUUACUUCACCUCCAUUUCCCUUCUGUCCACCCUCGUCUAUUUCCGCUUCAUCGUUCGGUACUCCCGUCAAUUCAUCUGAUUCUUUGUCUCGUCCAAAUUCUAAUGGAGAUCACAUGUCUAUGGUCAAUUCAUAUCUGGCCAACUGGAUGGAGAAGUAUGGUGAAGUGAACGGUACCAAAGUAAACCAAAGUUUUCCGCCUGGUUUCAACGAAGCCCUGAACAAUCCCUUGUCUCAUUUUGGUAAGCCACCCAAUCCAGACUGCAGUUCGAGUCGAACAGAUUUUCCCGUUCCCAAAUUUGCCGACCCCAGUAUGUAUAUGUACUGGAUGUAUUUGUAUGCAGCCUAUUGCGGUGGAAAUGCAAAUUCUCGAGCGAGCUACUUCCCAUCCCAACAUCCUCCGAAUCAAUUACCUCAGUGCCCACCCGCGAGUACACUGGGUUGGCCACAUUCUAUCAUGUCAGCAUUUGGUAUGGCUGCUCCCGGUUUGGGCNUGCUCCCGGUUUGGGCAUUUUCCCUAAAGUAUGAUUGCGUAUGGUUUUCCGGUUCCACAGCAAUUUACUACAUAUGUCGCAAUAAUCGCCAAGCUUCGGCAAUAGGAUGUUAUUCAACUCUCAUCCGGCUGUUCCGGUCAAUCAAUGUCUCGAAAGCGCCAAGUCCGACCGUAUUUGAGACAAGUUUCAACACGAGGGAUGGCUAUCUGCACGAUAUUCACAACCGGGAGAUCGAGUGCUUUGGGAACGGGUGGACCGGCGCAGACUGUGAUUUGUACUCAGGAAUCCCCUACUUCUUCUAA